UUCUAAUUUCCCACAAAUUAGGUCACUUUUUACAUUUUGAGACUGUGUAGCUAAAAAUCAAGCAGAACCCAUCAAAACCCUAACCAUCUUCUUCAUCAUGAGAAGAGCUCUGCUAAGAAAUUUCUCUCUCUAUACUCGCAAUCUCCAUUUCUCCAGCAACCUCGAAUCUGCAACUGUCAUUUCUAAUGGGUGUGUGAAUAAUCACCCCGCCAAUUACCUCUUCGGAAAUGGACCAUUGCUGAAAAGCUUUCCUUCCACACAGCAGCGGUUUUUCUCGUCCGAAAAUGAGAUCCCGAAUCCCGACCCGAAACCAGAAUCCGAAACUAGCGUGGCCCUACCCGAAGAGAAGAAGGCGGAUACGCUUGAGGUAGAAGAUGUGACCAACAAAGAGUUGAAACUGCAGAUAGAGGACUAUUUGAAUAACUUCAAUGAGGAGGCACUCCCGAAAAUCUUUGAGUCUAUUCUAAAGAGAAAGCUUUCGGAGAAGCAUGCGGACACAGAUGACGAAUUAAAGGAAGAGUUGGAGAUGAAGCCACUAGAUAACGUAAAAGACGAAGAUUUCGAAUCGGAUUUCGAGGAUGCACAUGAAACCGAUGAAGAGGUUGACGAUUUGUACAAUGCUAGGGACAUCACUAUGAAGAAAAUGAGGGCUAAUGAUCCGUAUUUUAACAUGGAUGACACGAAAUGGGACGAAAUGAUUAAAGAAGCUACUGAGCAUGGGUGCCUUCAUGAUACGAGGGAGUGUGAAGCAAUACUAGAGGAUAUGCUAAACUGGGACAAGCUUCUACCAGACGAGAUCAAGAAGAAGGUAGAAAAGAAGUUUAACGAGAUAGGCGAGAGGGUCGAAAAGGGCGAGCUAGAGGUUGAAGAAGGUUAUGAACUGUUCAAGGAGUUUGAAGACCAGAUGGUCUUGGAAUGUGCUAAGCUAAUGGAGGCUGAGGGCCCACCUCAGUUCGACAACGACGUGGAGCCCGACAACAAAAAAGAUGUCGAUGAUCCACCUGGCGAGGGUCCAGUUCUCCGUUGGUUAACUCGUGUGGUCUUUGCACCUGGCGGUGAUGCAUGGCACCCCAAAAACCGUAAAGUAAAGUUGGCUGUUACUGUGAAGGAGCUUGGCCUAUCCAAGCAUCAAUUUAUACGUCUGAGGGAAUUGGCUGGAAAACGGUACAAUGCUGGUAAAGAUGAACUUACCAUAACUAGCGAAAGGUUUGAACAUAGGGAAGAGAACAGAAAGGAUUGCCUAAGAACUCUAUUUGCUUUGAUUGAGGAAGCUGGAAAAGCUAGGAAAAUGGUGGACGAAGCUCGAACUUCCGAGGUGAAAGAUAGGCUUAAAGCUAAUCCGAUGUUCAUGCAGAGAUUGCAAGCAAAGAAGCAAGCUGCAAUUCAGUAGUUGCAAGACAAGGACUAAGUUUUGUUUGGGUAUAUGCUUUCACGAAAAAACGAGGUUUUGAGAAAUCAGACGAUUUCUCGUCUUUUGAACCUCAUUUCUGCAGAGAACAUUUUGCUUGUUGUAGCUGUUUAGAGGAAUGAGAAAAUGUGGAAUUGGUGCUAUAAAUGAAGUAACAUUUCCUAUU